CAUUACAGUAGUGAAUAGUUAAUAUUAGUAUCAGUCACCAUAACCGAAUAGUAACUAGUAACAAUUAGUAAUAAUAAUUAAUAAAAACUUAACGUUCGCUUAAGCUAGAAAGAGAAUAUCACCUGUGUAUAUUAUUGGACUACAAAAACCUUGGCUCUUUACAAAUUCAGAGCACAGAAAUUUGAAAGAAGUAGAAGAAGAGGAAAAAAACCUGUUGACAACAACGAAUAAGCAGGCAGCUAAUUAACGAGAUAUGGAGGCAAGGAAGUUGUCUAUAACGGUACUUGUCAUGGCAGUAGUACCCUUGGCAGCUGUAUUAGCACAAACGGAGACAAUACCGCCUGUCCAGCCGAUCUACGAUAUAAAAGACGGAUUCUACAAGGAAAUGGCAGAAUUCGCUGUGCGGGAGAACAACAAGGCACAUCCCCAUUCCGAGCAGUUGAAGCUUGUGAGCGUGGACAAGGGUUUUCGUUUCCCUUUCAAUGUUGGUGAAGUUCAUUAUCGUCUCUAUAUAACUUGCUCUGACCGCCAAGGUCGUCAAGCCAAGUACACCACAUUUACCGCUUAUCGGAUCGACCAAAUACCUACUUAUGCUCAAUAUUUUAACCUCUUCUCCUUUAAGAAAAUCUAAACACAAAGUUGGCUAGUUAUAUAACUAUGCAUUUUUUGUGAAUAAUAUGCAUCAGCGCCAUCGUAUAUAUCCUAUUAUGGUAUUAUGAUGAUGAUGAUGAUGUUACCUUGUUGAAGUUUAUAUUAUAUCCGUUCCUGUGGGAUUGUCAUUGUAUUUUAAUUGGGACUUGGGAGACAUCAAAACAAUAUAAUGCACUAUUGUUG